CCCCUGUAUGUGUCAGCGAUCUGUUUUCUUGUUUUUCUUUUGCCAAAGUUCUGUGAGAAGUUGCAGACAAAAAACAAUUUGAAAAUCAUUUUAAAGACUUUUAUAUCCAGCUGUAAAAGCCGCAAAAAAAAAAUAGGCAGAAGAGGAAUUGGAGAGGAGAUCAAUUCGUUUGUUUAUAUUGGGGUACAGUGCGCGUUGCAACAAGUGUGAUUGUACGCAGUCCCAAGAUGUCGUACUCAGCGGAGCGUGCGCUCUCCUACCUUUAUCCCUUUGCGAUCGUGUCCUCUGUGAUCUGCUGCAUCACAUCGGCGGUGGCAUGGUCCCAUUGGCGUUACGUCCUGAAUGCCUGUCCGGACACGAACUGCGGCUGUGUGCUGCAUGCCCGGAGCACCUACAACAGCUUUGAGGGCGGGAACAUCGCCUACUGCCACUAUGCCACCUACGGACUGCUGCUGCCCCUGAUCUUCGCCGUGGUGUUGGCCAUUUACCAUGGCUAUCGGAUGUGCAUCGGGAAGGGUCAGCGCAAAGUGGGCACCAGCACCAUUCGGCAGCGAUCCGGCGACAUGAUUGUGGUGACCACUGAAUCCGAACUUACGCCCGAUGGUCUCUCCCCCUACUACUGGCUUCCUGCCACCGUCAUUUCGGUGAUCAUGGCCAUCUAUCAGCUGAUCUACGCCUCCGUAUUUACGGACGGAUUCGAGGUGACCUGCAAGCAGUACCGCGAGUCCCUGCUGAAGGAGAUCCAGGGUGUGGGCAACAUUGUGCCCGUGCUCAAGUCCCGUCUGUCGUGCGCAGCCAUAUUCGAUUUCAUGGACUUUCUGGUGGAAAGCAUCUCCUAUGAGCGGCGUCGCUAUGGACGCAUCAACACGGCUGCUUGCCUGUAUUUCACCUUGGUCUUUGCCUGGCUGGCCCUUUUCGCCUGGCUGUCCAUUUGUGUCAUCAACAUUGUCCACCUGCGGCGCACACGGGCUGCCAGGGUCUGAGGAGCGGCGCAGGACCGCACAGCGAUAAACAUGACGCAAAAAAACAAAACAAGAACGAAGCCAUUCCCAACGCACAUUCGCACAUUAUAUUUAAACGUAGUUCUUACCCAAACGCCACUUAUUUAUUAGUUCGAAACAUACGUCCACGGCUCAAGCCGCCAUAAACACAUUGUACAAAUAUACAAUAUGAAAAACAAAUAUUAAAAUCAUUAAAAUACAUAUAUUUUAAAUCUAA